UCUUAUCUUUACCUUCACCACCCUUCUCAGCAAUCAUCCUUUGCCGUCGCAGCAAGCCUACCAACCUUCGACAGUCUCUUUCUCUCUUUAUUUACUUGUACGCCUAGCGAAUUUCUCACAGCAAAACACCAUUCAAACAAAUGGCAUCAAGCUCAAUGUCCUCUCGCGGUUCGGGCUCGUGGACUGCUCAGCAGAACAAAGCCUUUGAAAGGGCUUUGGCCGUGUAUGACAGAGACACGCCCGAUCGCUGGUACAAUGUAGCCAGGGCGGUCGGUGGAAAAACCGCAGAAGAAGUGAAAAGGCACUAUGAACUGCUUGUGGAGGAUGUGAAGCAUAUUGAGUCGGGUCAUGUUCCUUUCCCUAAUUACAGGACUACUGGAGCAAAUGGCCACGCAAGAGGAUGAAAAAUAUGAAGCUCCAUUUGUGAGCUCGCUCUGUGCACUUCAUGUACGAUCAGCAGCAAUAAAGAUUCACCGCUUUAUGCUGCUCCUUCUCCUAUCAGGGCCUCACUCAUGAGCUAGCUCUAUUUGUCAUAUAUUAAUUAAUUUGAAAGACUGGUUUGGAUUGAAGGAUCAAAAUCAGUGAUUCUACUCUUGUACUCCUUUUCCCUUAAAUUUCUUUUAUAUAUUAUUCUAGUUCUCAUGUAUUUUAUGUUAUUGUCAUGCUGCUAAUAUAAUUAAUGUAUCAAGGAAGGCAUCUUGAAUCUUUUUAUGAUUCUGAUCCCUUUCCGAUGUUCCUAAGUUUCCAAGCAAUGAAAUAUAUUUAUUUUGUGUUAUUA